ACAUUUAAAAAUAUUUUUUAAAAACAUAAAGUAUUUUGUCAAGAAUGGGCGAGUUAGAUCAUUUGAACGAAGUUUUAAUUAAAAUAAAUGAAAAUUUUAAAGAUCUCAAUGUUUCUCUUCUUAAAUCUUUAAAUGGAGAAUACUUUUUAAAGGUUGAGACGGCUGAAUUGGAUUUAAGUUUACUGUACACCAACAACAUCUACGUUAUUAUCACAUAUUCAUCUGAACAGGACUCGCUAAUUAUAAGAAGUUUGAGCUACCGAGCUGAAAUCCUGUUCUCGUCUUCUCUACGUUUUCAUCAUAGGGAUACAGAUACAGGUCUGGCAACAUAUUUACUACUGCUGAGGAAAUUACUGCUUGAGACAGAAUAUAAAAUCUGCUCCGGGCGCAAGGAGGAAACGGUAUUUUCAAAUUUUCAGCAGAUAAAGAGCGAAGAAUUAAUAAAAUGUUUGAUAGAACGUUCCCCACUCUCCACUCAGCGUAUAUUCAGGUCUGGAAAAUGUCAAGGUGUUUAUCCUGUAAAUCAACUUAAGGGAGAAUCAGGCCAGUGUACGGAGUGCAUGCAUUUCUUCUCAACACUGGUAGAAUCUAAAGAGGAGAAGAUUCCCGAACUGUUGAGGUGUCCGUACCUAAAUUGUUCCCGUGUAUUUAGACGCCCUAAUGCAUUCAAAAACCAUGUCAGAACCCAUUCAACUCAACAACCUCGAGUCGACACACCGCCUCAUGUGGAUGAUUAUGAUGAUGAUGAUGAUGAAGAUGUUGAUGACCCGCUUCCUGGUGAUCUUCUUGUCAAGUCUGAGCCCAGUCCUCAAUCAUCAAAUUCAGAAAAUGGAGAAGAGCUAACGGAAACCCAAGAAAGUGAAAGUAUGGAAAAACAAGAAGAAGAAAGUACAAUGAUAGAAGAUUUUUCAAGGAAAAAAUCAAAAGAAAGCGGAGGGAAAAAGAGAAUUUCCAAAAAGAGAAUUUUGUUACAAAGCAUAGAAGAUAAAAUUAAAGACCUCCAGUGCUCACAUUGUCAAACGGACUUCAGUUCAAAACGGACUCUGAUGAAACACUUGAAGGCCGUUCACACAGAUGUACAUAGAUGUGAAAAAUGUGAUAAGAGCUACCCCUUUAAAGAGGAACUUGAGAAUCACAUGAUCACUGUACACGAACCAGUCACAUGUUCAGAUUGUGGGGACGAAUUUGCAAAUCAGAACAGUCUGUCAACUCAUCAGAGCGUUGUGCAUAGGUCAACCCUUGAACCAUGUUACAUGUGUGGAAAAUGGAUGAAAAAAUCAUCAGUAUCUGCUCAUAUUAGGAUGGUGCAUAAG